AUGUCUGCCGACGAGAACAAGAUCGCCAUUCAGCACGUCGAAAAAUUUGACAAGGUGCAAGAUGGUCAACAUGAUUUUGACGAUCUUCCCGAGUCUCUUCGCGAACUCAGUCAGCAAGAGUUGACCAAGAUCGGGAAGUGGACGACGUUGAAACUAGAUUGUAUCGUCAUGCCUGCCCUAACAGUUCUGUACAUCCUGAACUAUCUGGACCGUCAGAACAUCGCCGCGAGCAAGCUGGCGAACAUAAUGGAAGAUCUGAACAUGUCCAUUCAGCAAUAUAACACAUGUGUGAGCAUUCUGUUUGUGGGCUACAUCUUGAUGCAAGUCCCCUCGAACCUGGUUCUCAGCAAGAUCAAGUGGCCAGCUGUAUGGAUCUGUAGCGCAGUUGCUGGUUGGGGUGCAGUAUCUGCUGCAACAGCGGCAGUAUCAUCCUACGGCGGCCUUAUCGCCUGUAGGUUUUGCCUGGGGGUGGUUGAAGCAGUGUUUUUUCCAGGAGCGUUCUUCUAUCUGUCUAUGUUCUAUAAUAGGAAACAGAUUGCCCUUCGUACUGCUAUUCUCUACUCAGGCUCACAGCUCGGCAACGCUUUCGGCACACUUUUGGCAAUCGGCAUACUGAAAUUGGACGGUCAUCAUGGUCUUCAGGGCUGGAGGUGGCUUUUCUUGAUCGAGGGCGUGCUCACGAUAGGCUUCGCCCUCAUUUUCGUUUUAUACCUUCCAAACUCAAAUAAGAAGAUCUGGACAUUCUCGCAACAGCAGCUGGACUGGCUCAAGUGGAACUACGAAAGAGAUUUGAAACAGCAGGAUGCUUCUGAUGAGGUCACAGCGUUACGAGGGUUCUUGCUUGCAGUGAGAGAUCCAAAGACUUGGCUUAUGUGCAGCACUCUGUAUGCCACUUAUACUGCGGCCGCGGUGAACAACUUCUUCCCGACUGUAGUCGGAGGUUUGGGAUUCGGCAGGAACCUGACUUAUGUGUUGACCGCACCACCGUUCCUUCUCUGCGUGGUCGCUAUGCUUUGCAAUGGCUUCCACAACGACAAGAUGGGAGAGCGCUACUUACAUAUCGCCUUGCCGCUGAUCAUUACAGUCCUCGCGAAUAUCAUUGCCGUCAGCACACUCAAUAUUGGCGCUCGCUACUUCGCCAUGUGCAUAAUGCCACUGAGCUUCUACAGUUCUGCAAUCUGCCAGCUUUCCUGGAUCUCAGGCUCCCUUUCACAACCAGCAGUCAAGCGUGCUGCGUCGAUCGCCAUCAUCAAUGCCAUCUGUAACACUCCGAAUAUCUGGACAAGUUAUCUGUACUACGACUCUCCUCGAUAUGUGGCUGCCUUUUCGGUAAAUCUGGGUGCUGCGGUGGUGGCUUUUGCGAGCGCAACUGCUACUUACUUUUAUUUGAGGAGGCAUAAUCAAAUGAUGGAUCAGGGUAAGGCUUUAGGUAGAUCGGGGCCUACGCCGGUACAACAGGCAAACGGGUUCAGGUAUAUGUUGUAG